AUGGUGAAGCAUCGCCUUAGAGAGUCUAUUAAAUCUUUGUUUGGAAGUCACAUUGACCCUAAUAAACAAGAGCAGCUCCAUGUAGCUAAAGCAGAUACUGAAGAUAAAGUGAAAGAGAUAUUGAAACUUAUUAAAGAUGACAACCUUGAAGAGGAUGGUACCCCAGUACAACUUUCUAAGAGGGAACCACUUAUUGAACUGAUUGAAGAUUUCCACAGUCAAUACCAAUCACUGUUUGCACAAUAUGAUAAUCUAACAGGUGAGUUAAGGAAAAGGAUUAAGGGCAAGCGAGAAAACGAGAGUUCUUCAUCCACCUCAGACUCAGAUUCUGAUUCAGAUUAUUCUUCAAAGGACAAAGACAACAAAAACGGACGGCUGGAAAAUGAAUUUCAAAAGACACUCGAUGGCUUAAAGCAAGAACUUGAAGUGGUGCAUGUCGAAGUAGCUGAAUUAAAUCGGAAGUUGACAAUUUCACAUGAAGAAAAGGAGGAUCUUAAUUCUAAAUAUCUUGCAGCACUGAGCAAGAUACAAGAAGCCGAUAAAAUUAAGAUGGACUUGAAAAGUGAUGCUGAAGCAUUUGGCACUCAAAGAUCAAAACUUUUGGUUGAGAAUGCUGAACUGAAUCAAAGAUUGGAAGACUUAAAGACAGAAAAAGAUAGUUUGACCAUGGAGAAGGAGACAACUCUCCAACAGAUUGAGGAGGAAAAGAAGAUCACUGGUAGCCUGAGAACCCUUGUUGAUCAACUGAAAGAUGAGAAAUUAGCACUUGACAAAGAGUUAGAGGCAGUUACAGGUGAACUUUCCAUUCUGAAACAGCAGUCGGAACAUGCAGAACAGAAAAUGGCAGAUUUAAGCCACAAUCUGAAAGUUGCUGAGGAAGAAAAUAAAUCUUUAAAAGUGCAACUUUCGCAGGCUUCAAAUGAGGUCCAGCUGUCUCACAGUAGAAUACAAGAAUUUGUAGUUGAAUCAAGUCACUUGAAGGAGAAAGUUCAUGAGAGUGGUAGGGAAAUUUCUGCUUUAACUCAGAGGCAUGAAGGGUUUCAGAAAGAAUCCUCAAAUCGUAUCAGGGAACUGCAGACACAAGUCACAAACUUGGAGCUGGAAUUAGAAUCACUGCAAAACCAGAAAAGAGAUAUUGAAGAGCAACUGAAGAUAAGCACCACUGAAACAAGGGAAAUAGGAGAGCACAAUUCAGAGCUACAAAACCAAAUAUCACAACUUGAAUUGAAGUCCAGAGAAAGAGAAGAAGAGCUAUCUGCUGUGGUGAAGAAACUAGAAGAUAAUGAGAAUGAGUCAUCUUUGAAAAUGUCAGAUUUAACAUCUCAGAUAAACAAGCUGCUGGCUGAUAUUGGUACAUUACAUGCUCAGAAAAAUGAACUGGAAGAGCAGAUAAAUUUUAAAAAUAACGAAGCUUCGACUCAAGUUGAAAGCAUUACAAAUGAGGUGAAUGCAUUGCAACAAGAAGUGACGUCCCUUCAACACCAGAAAUCAGACUUAGAAGUUCAGUUAGCAGAAAAAGUCCAUGAAAAUUCUGAGAAUGUGAUUCAAAUACAAACUCUGAAAGAGGAAAUUGACAGAAAAAUGCUAGAACAAGAGAAAUUUCUGGAAGAAAGAGAAAAUUUAGCGAUGCAGCUGAGGACAUUAGAACUAGAGAUGAACACUGUACAGAACAAAAACAGGGAAGCUGAAGAGCAAAUAAGGGCUAAAAGCCAGGAGAUCAGUCACGUGAGACAGGAAAUGCUGGAGCUAUAUGACAAAAUAGCAGAAAUAGAGAAAAUAUCAACAGAUAGAGAAGCAAACUUCUUGAUUAUCCAGGAUAAGUUUAAUAGCGCAGAACAGGCAGUUUCAGCUCAAAUAACGGCCUCCAGUGAAAAAAUUAAGAAUCUUGAACAUGGUUUGGCAUCCCUGCAAAAUGAGAAACAAGAAUUAGAACAUCGGUGUGAAAAGCUGAAGUUGGAGGUGGAUUCCAUACAGAACCAAAAGAAUGACGUUGAAGAACGAAUGAGAACUAAAGACAAUGAGAACUCUGGACUGAGAGAGGAAAAUUUGGGAUUGCAGGGGACAAUUACUGUGCUGGAGAAGACAUUAGCCCAGAAAGAGGCAGAGCUAUUCACUUUACAGGAAAAGCUUCAUGAAAAAGAGAGCGAAGCUGCAGGUCAAGUAACUAUCUUCACAGUUCAGAUCGAUAAUCUAAAGCAUGAUUUGGUUUCCCUGCAGAAUGAGAAACAGGAAGUAGAACAGCAGUGUGGAGAGCUGAAGAUGGAGCUGGAUUCCACACAAAACCAGAAAGUUGAAGUUGAAGAACAGAUGAGAGCUAAAGAUCAAGAGAACACGGAACUGAGAGAGGAAAAUUUGGGAUUGCAGGGAAAAAUUACAGCACUGCAGAAAACAUUAAUGGAGAAAGAGGCAGCGCUAUCCACUUUACAGGAAAAGCUUCUUGAAAAAGAGAGCAAGGCUUCAGGCCAAAUAACUGCCUUCACAGCCCACAUUGAUAAUCUAAAACAUGAUUUGGUUUCCCUGCAGAAUGAGAGACAGGAAGUAGAACAGCAGUGUGAAAAACUGAAGAUGGAGCUGGAUUCCUCUCAAAACCAGAAGGGUGAAGUUGAAGACCAGAUAACAGCUAAAGACCAUGAGAACGCCAAACUGAAAGAGGAAAUUUUGGGAUUGCAGGGAACUAUUACUGCACUGGAGAAAAGAUUAGCCGAGAAAGAGACAGAGUUAUUCACUUUGCAGGAAAAGCUUGACGAAAAAGAGAGUGAGGCUUCCGGGCAAGUAAUUGCCUUCACGGCCCAAAUUGAUAAUCUGCAAAAAGACUUACUUUCCUUACAAAAAACAAAAGAAGAAUUGGAGCUCCACUAUGAAAAAAUUAGUGAAGAACAUGCAGAAAGCCUUUUAGUGGUAGAGAAUGAAAAGAAUGACAUAUCAAGCAGAACUAUUGAUCUUAAGAGAACAAUAAAAGAACGAGAAGAUUCAUUUCAGAGGCUAAAUGAAGAAUACAAACACAUUGAUGGUUUGUUUCAGGAAUGCAUGGUCAAGCUUGAAGUUGCAGAGAAGAAGAUUGAAGAAAUGGCAGGAGAGUUUCGUGAAGACAUUGAGUUGAAAGAUCAGAAGGUAGCUAAUUUGGAACAUACUGUAGAAGACCUAAAAAGAGACCUAGAAGAGAAAGGAGAUGAAAUCAGUACUUUGCUUGAGAAUGUUCGGAUGCUCGAGGUUAGGCUUCGUCUGUCAAACCAGAAGCUCCGGGUCACAGAGCAAUUGCUGAGUGAGAAGGAAGAAAGCUUUAGGAAGUCGGAGGAAAAGUUUCAGCAAGAUCAGAGAGCACUUGAAGACAGGAUUGCUACUUUAUCAACAAUAAUAACCUCCAACAAUGAAGCUUUGCAUGAAAUUGUCUCUAAUGUCAAAGAGUGUGUGAACAGUGUCAUGAAUGGCAUAGAAAUUGUAAGCUGUCGGGUUUCUGAUGACUGCAAAAACUACGAGGAGUGUGUCUCUAACAUAUCACAUGAGCUGGAGGUUGCAAAGGGGCAUGUGAGGGAGAUGAAUAAGGAAAAAGAGCAACUAAAGAGAGACAAAAAGCAGUUGUUGGAGCAGCUGCAGGUUAAAAAUGAAGAGGAGGUGGCUUUGAGGAAGACAGUUGAGAAACUUGAGACAAAUGCAAGCAAGGAGGAAUCAGAGAAGAUGAAUCUGACAACAACUGUAGUUCAACUUAAGAAGACAAUUAGAGAGCUGGAGAAAAUGAUGAAAGAGAAAGAGGAUGGUAUGUUGGACUUGGGAGAGGAGAAGAGGGAGGUCAUCAGGCAGCUGUGUCUGUGGAUUGAUUAUCAUCGCAGUCGCUAUGACUAUCUCAAGGACAUUCUCUGGAAGACUCGCAGGGGCCAGAGAGCAGCAUAA